CCAUUAUGGAGAAAAGAAAAAACAAAAAUAUAAGAAGAAAAAAAAAAUCCAACAGGAUCCAGAAGAAAUAGUGAACUCGUCCCUGUUCAGAUACAUUAAUGAGUUCAUGUACACCAACAGAAGCGAAGUUGUGCAACAGAAGUUGAAGGAAACAAACAACAUUUUCAACAUUUACCAUUCGGGGUACAGAAAUCAGAAGAAUAAAUGGCCCCAAAGACCCGUUCAUGUAAUAAUAAGCCAUUUAAAAAAAAAUUUUACAAAAAAAAGUAAAAUAGCAGAUUUGGGAUGCGGAGAAGCAGAAAUAGCCCAGACGUUGAAGGGCUGGUGCGUGACUUCCUACGAUUUAAUUCAGCUCAAUGAGCACGUCACGGUUUGUAACAUAACGGAGUUGCCGCUCCCAAACAAUUCCCACGAUUGCUUCGUUUUGUGCCUCAGUCUCAUGAACACGGACUGGCCAAAAGUUAUAUUUGAGGCACUUCGGUGUCUUAAAAAAAGUGCAACCCUAAUAAUAGCUGACGUGGUGAGCAGGUUUACGAACUACAAGGCGUUCAUGAAGUUCAUGAGGAACGUCGGGUUUACCUUCACCAACAGAGUAAAUAUGGACGAUUUUUUUUAUGUGCUAUUUUUUGAGAAUAAUAAAAAGGACGACGCUUCCUACACGGCGAAUGAGAAGAGAAUUAGGAAGGUUUCCAAGUUGUUGGCUCCCUGCGUUUACAAGAGGAGGUA